AUGCUGGAGCGUAUGUCUCGUCGCUCUCGCUCCCUGCUCUCCCUGACCUUGACCACUCUGGCUCUGGCCCUCUCCAUCCUGGCUCUGUGCACCUCUUACUGGUGUGAGGGCACUCACAAGGUGGUCAAGCCCCUCUGCCUUUCGCCUGUCAAAAUGAAGAACUGUGGUCAGAACAACAGCGAGCCUUACACCACAGAGAGUCCCACUCAGAACCCCUUCAACCGCACACUGUCUCCAGCCAGAAGGGACGAGCUGGCCAAGAUCAGACAGAGGCAGCUGGCCAAUGCGGUUCACUACAUCUGGGAGACGGGAGAAGACAAGUUUGCUUUCAGAUACUUUCACACAGGUUUCUGGGAAAGCUGUGAGAAACACAGCGAUGGGGAGAAAUGUCGAAGCUUUAUAGAGUUAACACCUGGAGAAACACAAGGUGUGCUCUGGCUGUCAGUUAUUUCAGAGUUUACAUACAUCGGUCUCUUGGGGAUGGGCUUCUUACUGAUGUGGCUGGAAGUCUUGUGUUCCCAUAAAGAGAUGCACUCACUGAAAAUCAAUGCCUAUGCAGCUAUCUGUACUGUGUUAUCUGGUCUUCUUGGGAUGGUGGCCCAUAUGAUGUUCACCACAGUAUUUCAGAUGACAGUCAUUGUGGGCCCCAAAGACUGGAGGCCUCAGUCCUGGGACUACGGCUGGUCAUUUGCUCUUGCCUGGGUGUCCUUUAGUUGCUGUAUGGGGGCAGCUGUGGUCACACUCAACUCUUACACAAAGACCAUAAUUGAGCUCCGUCGCAGACAGAGGCUCCGUUUGGAGGAAGCAAGAGCUGCCACUCAUGCUCCUUCCUAUGAUGAGGUUGUUCCAGGUGGCGGGCUCUACUCUGUCAGCGGCUUAUUGCAGUGUCCAGACGGCAUGAUUGACGUAGCGUGGGCCCCGAAUGGCAGCGUGGUUGGAGUGGGGAAUGGGGACGUACCAACAUUGGUUUUAGUAGGUGGCUGUGGGCCAGAGGGGUGUGAAGACUGUGAGAGAGAGAUGGAUGAGAUGGAGGAGGCCAUGGACCGAGUUGAUUCGCCUUGUUAGGGGAUCGUUUAUAUCCAUCAACUAAAAGGGCUGAAAAACUCAAAAAAGGAAAGACACUUUCGCUGUACUGGAGAAGGAUCAGUGUGAGCGAAUACAUCCUGUUUUUUCUUCCUCUUUGACUUUCAGUGCAGUUGGGACAUACUAAUUGCACUUCAAGGCCAGUGAAAUCACUACAUAUCAAAAUGUAAAGACUACAAUGGUAUAGGUCACACUGGCAUUUAAGACUGCAUGUUUUCUGGGUCUCAGUGCCUCAUGGUAGGAAAGUAAAUGCAUGUCUCUACAUGUAAAUGCAUAUAUGUUUAUAUUAUUUUAUUGUUUAUAUAUUAACAUGUAAUCUAUCAGGACAACAACAGUCAUCUCAAUGAGCAUUUAAUUGCAUAAUGGAUGGUUGUUUCUUCUCCUGUUGAUACCUAAACAGAACAGCCUGUCCUUUAGAGUAAAUAUACAAUAUUUUAUCUGAGCAGGACAUUCAACAUGCUCAUUUCUCUUGUGACAAACUUUGGACAGAUGCAGCAUUUUGAUGUAAUGCAUCUGGGAGCUACAAACAAACCCGGCCUCUCUGCAGAUGCGCAGACAAACCCAUAAGAUAGACACAUAGAGAUAGAAAGAUUACAGAGAUUUUGAAAAGUCUGCUCUCUGAUGUUGAACAGAAGAUUAUGUGUAAACCAGUAAUCCCGAGUUGGAUGGGAAAAAGGAGGAAUAGAGUGAGGAGAGAUGGUAGACAUGUGAAGGGGUGGAGCAGGUUGUGGGGGGUUGAAAGUUGGAAGGAAAUGCAGGCAUACACACCCACAGACUGCACACACACACACACACACACACACACACUUCAACAGUCUGCAUCAUGAAACACAACACUUUCAGGGAAAUAAUUGUUUUUAAAUGGAUAUUACACUCUGGUAUUUACUGUGUUUACGUAAAAUUAUACACACAAUAAUUUAUUUAAAGUUAAAUAAAUGUACUUCCAUUGACUUUAGGAAUGUCUGUAUGUUAUUCAUUUGGGAUAAUCCUGGAUUUACUGUCUGGGAUAAAUACAAUUGAAAACUUAAGACCGUAAGCGCCAUUUUUGUCAACUACCAGCAUUAUAUUAUACAGUAUGUUUCUAGGCCAUAGGGGAAUUUAUUGUUUUUUUGGGAAAGAUAAAUAAAUUGAUUUUCAAAGCGCA